UGUCUUCUUUUGAAACUUCAAGGAUCCCCCCACCUAUAUUCACACAUAAAUAUUCUCCCCCCUCUUCAAUCCUCCACCCAAAACACUCAAUGCAUCCACAACAAACACAAAUUCACCCUUCAACCACUUCCAUGGAGGAACAACAUCAAUUUGAACAUCAUGUUCUAAAUCUGAAUCCCCAACCAACGGAUCAUGAUCUUGAUCUUGAUCAUCACAGUCAUAAUGAUGAUCUAGAUCAAGAUCAUGAUGAUGGUCGUGCUAUUACAGAUCUUGAUCAAGAUUUAGAAAACAAAUUAAAUUACGAAGCGGGCCCGGUUUAUUGUACGGACAACAACCCGCCGGACUCGUAUGCAAUCUGCGAGACCAAAGUAGCUGAAUGGCUAGACCGCAACACGUUCAUGGAGCGCAAGGCUUCGGUGAAGUUCGCCUGCACAAAAAACCUAGACCCAUGUCAAACCCGAGCUUCUCGACGCUCGGUCUCCAUAAACCAGAAACCGAAGCUGUCGAUAAUCGGGUUCAGAAAAAAACCGGUUCAUCAAACCGAUGGGAGGUCAAAGCAUAAUGAUAAGGUGGAAAACGUGAGGCUGUUUAGGAACCGGUCUGAACCGGGGAGGGACUACUGUUUGUUGAUAACUGAACCGGUUUCUCCUAGGGUUUCGUGUGUUGGUCGGGUUGGUUCGGUGCGGGUUAAAGGUAGGAAGGCUGGGGUUUGGAGGAGUUUCAAGGCUGCUUUUUCGAACCUGGUUCAGACCAAUAGAGUGGCAAAGAUAGCGGCUUGAUACCGGUCUGAACCGGUUUAGAUGUUUUGCCGGUCGACGGUCAGGCGGCUGUAUUAUAAUUAUGGUUAAGAUGUCAAAUUAUUUUUUUGGUCAAAUUUCGUUAUAGUUGAAUUUACUUGUAAUUAUUAUUAUUAUUAUGGUGUCCAACUGUAUGCUAUCUCAUUGUCCAUGGCCUAUAAUUGAGACUGAAGAGAUAGUCGUUUUGGACAUUUUGUGACAACUAUAUACAUAAAUGAUUUAAGAGAAAAAUGUUCGGAUA